CGCCGCCGCCGCUCGGAGCGGGUCCCGGAGCAAGAUGUCCUUGCAGGGCAGGAAGAGCGUCCCCCGGACCACGACUGACGGCCUGCUGAUCCGAGGCGGCAGGGUCGUGAACGAUGACCAGUCCUUCUACGCCGACGUGUACGCCGAGGACGGCUUGAUAAAGCAGAUUGGAGAGAACCUCACCGUCCCAGAGGGCGUCAGGACCGUGGACGCCCACGGCCUCCUGGUGCUGCCGGGCGCCAUCGACGUCCACACGAGGCUGCAGGCACCCGCCCUGGGCAUGGCCCCGGCCGACGACUUCUGUCAGGGCACCAAGGCGGCCCUCGCGGGAGGCACCACCAUGAUCCUGGACCACGUGUUCCCCGAUGUGGGGGUGAGCCUGCUGGCAGCCUACGAGCAGUGGCGGGAGCGGGCGGACAGCACGGCCUGCUGCGACUACUCCCUGCACAUGGACGUCCCUCGCUGGCACGAGAGCAUCAAGGAGGAGCUGGAGGCCCUGGUCAGGGACAAGGGUGUGAACUCCUUUCUGGUCUUCAUGGCGUACAAGGACAGGUGCCAGUGCACGGACGGCCAGAUGUACGAGAUCUUCAGCAUCGUCAGGGACCUGGGCGCCCUGGCCCAAGUGCACGCCGAGAACGGGGACAUCGUGGAGGAGGAGCAGAAGCGGUUACUGGAUCUCGGCAUCACCGGCCCCGAGGGCCACGUGCUCAGCCACCCGGAGGAGGUGGAGACCGAGGCUGUGUUCCGAGCCAUCACCAUCGCCAAGCAGGCCAACUGCCCCCUGUACGUCACCAAGGUGAUGAGCAAGGGCGCGGCCGACGUGAUCGCCCAGGCCAAGCGCAGAGGAGUGGUUGUGUUCGGGGAGCCCAUCACGGCCAGCCUGGGCACCGACGGCUCUCACUACUGGAGCAAGAACUGGGCAAAGGCCGCGGCCUUCGUCACCUCACCCCCCAUCAGCCCGGACCCCACCACUGCAGGCCACCUGGCCUCCUUGCUGUCCAGCGGGGACCUCCAGGUGACGGGCAGCGCCCACUGCACCUUCACCACCGCCCAGAAGGCUGUGGGCAAAGACAACUUCACGCUGAUUCCCGAGGGCACCAACGGCGUGGAGGAGCGCCUGGCCGUGGUCUGGGAGACCUGCGUGGCCACAGGGAAAAUGGAUGAGAACGAGUUCGUGGCCGUGACCAGUACAAACGCUGCCAAAAUCUUCAACCUCUACCCCCGGAAAGGGCGCGUGGCCGUGGGCUCCGACGCCGACCUGGUUGUCUGGAACCCCAAGGCCACCCAGGUCAUCUCUGCCAAGAGCCACCAUCUGAACGUGGAGUACAACGUGUUUGAGGGGCUGGAGUGCCGAGGCGCCCCCGUGGUGGUCGUGAGCCAGGGCCGCGUGGUGCUGGAGGGCGGGAGCGUGACCGUCACCCCCGGCGCCGGCCGCUUCAUCCCCCGGAAGAGCUUCCCCGACUUCGUCUACAAGCGGAUAAAAGCCCGCAACCGGCUGGCCGAGAUCCACGGUGUGCCCCGAGGCCUCUAUGAUGGGCCAGUGCACGAGGCGCCGGUGCCCGCCAAGCCGGGGGGCGGUGCCCAGGCCCGGGCAUCCUGCCCUGGCAAGAUCUCUGUGCCACCCGUACGCAACCUGCACCAGUCGGGAUUCAGCCUCUCUGGGUCCCAGGCCGACGACCACAUUGCCAGGCGCACAGCGCAGAAGAUCAUGGCACCCCCUGGUGGCCGCUCCAACAUCACCUCCCUCUCAUAGACCUCAGGACUCAGAGGGGCCCUGGGUGGGUGCCGCCUGCCAGCUAGCUCUUCCCUCUUAGAAUUACCUUGAAAGGUGCUCCACCGCCCCACCCUGCCCCCACAGGCGCUGCCCUGGGGGACCCUGGUCUGGUCCUGGGAGCAGGGGGCUGGAUUUCACUGCCAGGGCGAGGCAGCCCCGGGCCCCGGCCCAC